GCCUCCACGUCACCAAAUGCACCCCCUUCACUUGAAGCAUUGGAGGAAGUCUUACAUAUCACUUACUGUGUGUAUACACACACACACAUACACAUUCAUUAUUCUCUCUGCAACCAAUCAUCCAUCAGAUCCUUCUAAUUUCCCCCAAUUUUGUAAGUUUGUAACACAAUACCUUCCUUAAACCCUAAUUUUUCAAAUUGACACGUUCAGGAACUUGAAUUUGUAUAAAAAUCAGAAAUUUGAUCGAUAAAUUCUUGUUAGAUGAAGUCGGAAGAACCCUAGGUUAUAAUGUCGUGGGGAUUAGGCUGGAAAAGGCCUUCAGAUGUCUUUCAUUUAUCUCUAUAUUACGGUUCCGAUGAGUCAGCAUUAGAUGAUCAAAACAAUGAGGAUAAUAACAAUAAUAAUAAUAAUAACAAUAACAAUAAUUGUUGUAAUCAAGAGCUAGGGUUUCGGAUUGAUCUUGAUUGGAAUGGUGGAGAUGAUGAAGAUCAGGUUGCUUUGAGGCUGCAGUCUCAGGUUAUGGUGGCGUUGCCAUUGCCGCACGAUACGGUUGUCAUUCGGUUACUGGAGAGUGACGGUUCUAGUCCGGUUAGAACCAGUGAGGAAGUGGUUGUGUCAGGGGAUGGGAAUGUGGUGGUAUUGGAAAUGAAGGUUGUGAAGCAGAGGGAACCGCUUAAGGCGGUGGCUAUGUCACGGGUGGGUGGGUCGGGUCAGCAGAAUGAUGGGAUGGGGGUGUUUACGAAGCUGUUGAAGUCGGAGUUUGCUGCGGAGGUGGGUUCGGGGCAUGCUGAGGGGAUACGGGUGGAGUCUUGUGCUGAUCAUUGGGUGAAUGUUACUGUUGUCAGCCUUAACAACUGUGGGUUAUCAAUGCUUCCAGUAGAGUUGACUAAACUGCCUCAUCUUGAGAAGCUAUUCCUUAAUAACAAUAAGCUUACAGUUUUGCCACCCGAGCUUGGCGUUUUGAAGAAGCUGAAAGUUCUCACGGUUGAUUACAAUAUGUUGGUUUCAGUACCGGUUGAACUAAAGCAGUGUGUUGGACUAGUGGAAUUAUCACUCGAACAUAAUAAGCUAAUCCGCCCUCUUCUUGAUUUCAGGGCCAUGGCUGAGUUACAUAUUCUUAGGUUAUUCGGUAAUCCACUCGAGUUUCUUCCCGACAUUUUGCCUUUGCAUCAACUCCGCCAUCUUUCUCUUGCCAACAUUCGUAUCGUGGCUGAUGAUAAUCUUAGAUCAGUGAAUGUCCAGAUAGAGAUGGAAAAUAGCUCUUACUUUGUUGCAUCAAGGCACAAACUGAGUGCGUUUUUCUCUCUUAUAUUCCGUUUCUCCUCGUGUCACCAUCCUUUGCUAGCGUCUGCGUUGGCAAAGAUGAUGCAAGAUGAAGGAAACCGUGUAGUCAUUGGUAAAGACGAAAAUGCAGUCAGACAGCUCAUAAGCAUGAUAAGCAGCGAAGACCAACAUGUUGUUGUGGAAGCUUGCUCUGCGCUUACGUCUCUUGCCUCAGACGUAUCUGUAGCACUUCAGUUGAUGAAAUGUGACAUCAUGCAACCGAUCAAAAGAGUACUUACAUCCGACGGUCCUCAAGAACUGAAAUCCGUUUUACAAGUUGUGGGUCGGUUGGGUUUCGUCUCUGAUAUCGUUGCCCAAAAAAUGCUUAGCAAGGAUGUGAUAAAAUCGUUAAAAUCGUUAUGCGCCCAUAAAGAUCUUGAGGUACAAAGGUUAGCUUUAAUAGCAGUUGGAAAUUUAGCGUUUUGUUUGGAUAAUCGCUGAAUUCUUGUUGCUUCUGAAAGCUUAAGAGAUCUUCUUUUGAGGCUUACGCUUUCAUUUGAGCAACGUGUGAGCAAAGCUGCAGCUCGUGUUCUGGCAAUUCUUGGGGAGAAUGAGAAUCUAAGACGCGCUAUCAAAGGACGUCAGGUUCCAAAGCAAGGAUUAAGGAUACUUGCAAUGGACGGUGGCGGGAUGAAAGGUCUUGCUACCGUUAGAAUUCUUAAAGAAAUCGAAAGCGGUACCGGGAGACAGAUACAUGAGAUGUUUGACCUAAUAUGUGGCACGUCAACUGGCGGCAUGCUGGCGGUUGCUCUUGGAAUAAAGCUAAUGUCUUUGGAGCAAUGUGAAGACAUAUACAAAAAUCUCGGUAAACUUGUUUUCGCUGAACCCGUUCCUAAGGAUAAUGAAGCGGCAACGUGGAGAGAGAAGUUAGAUCAGCUUUACAAAAGCUCGUCACAAAGUUUUAGAGUUGUUGUGCAUGGAUCUAAACACAGUGCCGAUCAGUUUGAGAGGUUGUUAAAGGAGAUGUGUGCUGAUGAGGAUGGAGAUUUGUUAAUAGAUUCGUCGGUGAAGAGAAUUCCCAAAGUUUUUGUGGUAUCCACAUUAGUCAACGUGGCACCAGCGCAGCCGUUUAUAUUUCGCAAUUAUCAGUAUCCUGCUGGUACACCCGAAAUCCCGUUGAUGAUGUCGGAAAAUAUAUCAACAAAUGUACCUGGAACAGCGACUACUGGUGUGCAAGUUGGAUAUAAACGGAGUGCGUAUAUGGGAAGUUGUCGACAUGAUUUGUGGCAAGCUAUAAGAGCAUCAUCUGCAGCUCCAUAUUAUCUUGAAGAUUACUCUGAUGGUGUUCUUCGCUGGCAAGAUGGCGCUAUUGUUGCAAACAACCCUACUAUAUAUGCAAUACGAGAAGCACAGCUUCUAUGGCCAGAUGCAAAAAUCGACACGUUGGUUUCAGUCGGUUGUUCUUCUGUUCCAACAAAGCCUCGUAAAGGUGGAUGGCGUUAUUUGGACACGGGUCAGGUGUUGAUUGAGAGUGCAUGCUCAGUUGAACGGGUUGAGGAAGCGUUGAGCACGUUGUUACCUAUGAUUCCUGAAAUACACUAUUUUCGGUUCAAUCCAGUUGACGAACGGUGUGAUAUGGAGUUGGAUGAGACGGACCCCACAGUCUGGCUUAAGUUAGAGGCAGCAACAGACGAGUAUAUCAACAACAAUUCUCCCACCUUUAAAAAGGUUUGCGAGAAAUUGCUGCUGAGCUGUAGCGAUGAAAAGCCGCCAGAUAACCUCAACUCACCGCAUUCAACAGGCGAAAACGGUCCAUCAUUAGGAUGGAGACGUAACGUUUUACUAGUGGAAGCUUCUCACAAUCCAGAUUCCGGAAGAGUAUUUAACCAUGCUCGUUCACUUCAAACAUUUUGUUCCGAUCGAAAUAUAAGAUUAUCUCAACUGAACGCUGCAUCAGGCACGCUUAACAAUAAACCCGACCCGGGAACAUCUUUUCCCACACCAUUCACGUCACCGUUAUUCACCGGAAGCUUCCCAUCAAGCCCGCUUCUUUACAGUCCCGAUUUUGGAAGUCAUAGGGUUGGUAGAAUUGAAUCGGUACCACAUUUAAGCCUUGAUGGAUUUCAUUCCGGAAGAACUUCUUCUCCUCCGGAAUCGCCGACAGUACCCCGACAGCUGUCGGCACCUGUUACGUUAUUGCUCAAAAAGUUACAGAAUUCACCGCAGGUUGGAGUUGUUCACUUGAGUCUCCAAAAUGAUACCACUGGCUCGGUUUUAAGUUGGCAAAAUGACGUAUUUGUGGUGGCGGAACCAGGAGAACUGGCCGACAAGUUUCUGCAGAAUGUCAAAUACAGUCUGCUAUCAAUGUUAAAAGGUCGACGUAGAAAGUACACGUCAGCAAUUACCAAUAUCUCUAGUGUUUCUGAAUUGGUUGCCUGUCGGCCUUAUUUCCAAAUAGGUGGAGUUGUACAUCGUUACAUAGGACGCCAAACCCAAGUUAUGGAAGAUGACCAAGAAAUUGGGGCCUACAUGUUCCGCAGGACGGUUCCCUCUAUGCACUUAACUCCUGAAGAUGUUCGUUGGAUGGUUGGUGCUUGGAGAGACAGAAUAAUAAUAUGCACAUGUUUAUACGGUCCUUCACCAGCUCUAAUAAAGGCAUUCCUCGACUCCGGUGCUAAAGCUGUCAUAUGUCCAUCAUCAGAGCCCCAAGAAAUGCAGUUGACCACGUUUCACGGGUCAACUGAAUUCAACGAUUUGGACAACGGCAAGUUUGAACUCGGAGUAGAUGAAGGAGAUGAUGAAAUUACAGAACCCGUCAGCCCAGCAAGCGACUGGGAAGACAGUGAGACCGAUAAAAGUACCGAUAAAGGGAUGUUAGUUUGGGACGAUGACGAGGAGGAACUGUCCGUUUUCGUGUGCCAGCUGUACGAUUUGAUAUUUAUGAGUGGUGCUCGAGUUAACGUUGCUUUACAACAAGCUCUUGCAGCUCACCCAACAAUAAGGUAUUCGUGUCAUUUCCCUCGUGUACCUUAACCUUGUAACAUGAAUUACGUGACAUAUAUGUAAAAAAGACGAUUUAAAGAAUCGUAUAAUAGAGAAACUAUAGAAGAAGAGACUGUUUAUGUUGCGAGUGUGGUUCACUCCCUAAUGAUCCUUUUAAAUAUCUCA